CGCUGGAGGUCCUGGUGGUGGAGGCCCAUGGGGCCCGUGGCGCUGCCUGCCUGGCUGCAGCCCAGGUAUAGAAAGACUGCCUAUCUUUUCAUCUAUUAUUUAAUCCAGUUCUGUGGCCACUCAUGGAUACUUACAAAUAUGACAGUCAGAUUCUUUUCAUUUGGAAAAGAUUCAAUGGUUGACACUUUUUAUGCUAUUGGACUUGUCAUGCGACUUUGCCAAUCCAUUUCUCUCCUGGAGUUGCUGCACAUAUAUGUUGGCAUUGAAUCAAACCAUCUUUUCCCAAGGUUUUUGCAGCUCACAGAGAGAAUAGUCAUUCUUUUUGUGGUGAUCACCAGUCAAGAGGAAAUCCAGGAGAAAUAUGUGGUGUGUGUUUUAUUCAUCUUUUGGAAUCUGUUGGAUAUGGCUAGGUACACUUACAGCAUGUUAUCAGUCAUAGGAACAUACUAUUCCGUCUUGACAUGGCUCAGUCAAACACUGUGGAUGCCAAUCUAUCCUCUGUGUGUUCUUGCUGAAGCAUUUGCCAUCUAUCAGUCGCUGCCUUAUUUUGAAUCAUUUGGCACUUACUCCACCAAGCUGCCUUUUGACUUCUCCAUCUAUUUCCCAUAUGUGCUAAGGCUGUAUCUCAUGAUGCUCUUUAUAGGCAUGUAUUUUACCUACAGUCAUCUUUACUCAGAAAGAAGAGACGUCCUCAGAGUCUUUUCCAUUAAGAAGAAGAAAAUAUGAAGUACAGCAUUCCAAUGUGACCUGAGAAAAGACAGGCUCGUGGACUUGGCUGCAGCAACUACAACACAGGAAGUAUUCUAGUGGAAAAUACCCAGUACUUGACAAAAACCCAUGACAUAACAUAAUCACACAUCCCCAACUCUACACACAACAGCAGUCUGUUUAUCACUCACUGUAUUUCCAAAAUGUGUACUCUGCAUACCCUGUUUCCCCCAAACUGUGGUUUUUACACAAGUUACAUUUAUAUUGGGUGAAGUCUGAUUGUUUCACUGUAAGUUUAAUGAGAAAAGGGAAAUCAAUGGAAUUAAGUUCAGUUAAAUUGAGAAACCAGACUUGAUAACCUAAAUCACAUGUAUUCCUUCUCACUUCUGAUUGUCAAAUAGCAGCAGAUCUGUAGGAGGAGAGCACUAUAAAAUACACUCUGUCCUCAUCUAGAAUAAUGUACUUCAUGGACAAAUGUCUUUGUCCCCAAAUGUCAGUACCCACCAUAAA